AUAAAAUCUCAACCUAUUUUAGUAGUAGGUAAUUGUAAACCAAAUUAAAUAGAAAACAAACAAGUGACGCUUAAAAAUAAUUCCCAUUUUCAUCCUUUUCAGUACCAUGAAGAAAUACGGAUCCCGCAAUGCUUUAUAUGAUAAGCUGCACAAGGGUGGUGUAUUAGUUUGCAUCGGAUUGACAUUGUAUGGGACUGUUCUACUCACUGAUCACUUUUACAAGUACUUCAAGUAUGUGCGGCCACAGAUACAAGCAUCCAAAGCAGCUGCUGAACAAGAGCUUUUGUCAGAAGGUUCUUCAGAGAAAAUUAUGUAAAGGAGUAUUUAUGUAAUAUUUUAAUGUUUGUUUUAAUAGUGAAAAUGUAAAUAUAGUUUUAUCUUUAAUGUAAUUAAAUCAGUGGAUAUUUUUAAAAUAUUGCAUUUCAAGGAAGUUUCAAUCAUAACAUUUAUUUGUAUGAAAUCAUAGGCUAACGUGGCCACUAGAUAAAUGUUACAUUCUAUUAGUGUCAAUACUUGUAAUAGAAGCAUACAAAUGGUUAGUGUUAGGUAAGGUCAAAUGACUCCGACAAUAAUUAAAUUCUUA